UUAAACAAAAUUAAAUAUAAAAAGAAGAUAUACUUUCAUAAAAAAUAUAUACUCAUUUAAACUUUGUCAGUGUGGAGGUAGUUACAAGUUACAUUAAUACUAUAUAUUUCUUGUUUUUAAAUGUGGAGAAAAGUAGUUCAUAGAAAAAGAUAAACGUUUUUUUUUUGAUAAGGAUAAGGUGACAAGCGUUCCACCUUCUAAAUUAUAGAGCACAAAUUUUUGUGACAUUCAAUGGGAGCUGUCAUGUCUUUAUUUACUGUAACAAAGCACACUUAUAAGCUAAUAACUCGAGCUGAAAGUGCAACUUUAAGCAGUUCUUGGAGACAUUGUGUUCAUGCUAUGAUACAUGCACCACUACCUGAGGUCAAGUUGUUUGGUUGGAUACCCGUUAAAAAUGCUGUUUUGAUGGAAAUGCGAUUUGAUGGUCGAAUUGGUUUUCCUGGCGGAUAUGUAGAUGACUCUGAUAGCAGUUUUGAGGAUGCUUUGCUUAGAGAAUUUAAUGAAGAACUUGGUGAACUUCCUAAAAUGUUUCGUUUUUUGCCAGAUGACUAUUUAUUUUGCCAUAUGUUUAAUGAGAAAAAGCUUUGUCUCCAUUUCUAUUGCAAACAGGUAACAUUCCAAGAGUUUUUAGAGAUUGAAAAAAGAAAUAUGGAACAAGAGUAUGGCGGUUACGAGGUUUUGGGCACUUUAAGAGUUCCAUUAUACAUAAUGUACGACAGACGUGGUGGUUUACCAGCUUUUCUUAGAAACAACUUCAUUGGAAAUAGCAAAGAGCAACUUAUAGAAGCAAUUCGUUUGAAAGAACUAGUUUCUUUAAAUUUUCUAAAUGAAUGUGUUAAUUUAUCAAAUGAAAUAGAUAAACUUUCAUCUGAAUCAAGAGGAAUUUAAGUUUAACAACAAGUUUUAAAUUAAAUAGGUUUUAUAUUACUACAAAUAAUAUAAUAAUCUAAAGUCUAUACAAUCAAUAGUUAUUUUUAGUUGAUCUCUAGAAAUUUUUAUAGUUAACUAAAAAGAGUUCUUUUUUAGAAAUUCGUAAUUUUUUGCGUACAAUACUUGUUCAAUUUUGGGUAUUAAGACAUUUUACAUUAAUCAUUUUACAAUGGUUAUAACAUUUUUUUUUAAAUCAUUGUAUUAGAAUGACUUUACAAUUUUAAACGACUUCGCUAAAAAAUAGUUUAAGUUUACUAUUUUUAAUCAUAUUUGCAAAUAUUAUUUUUGAAGAGACGCGCCACUUGUUGUCAAAACCAUUAUAACAGUUGAAAAAUUUGCUGAGCGUAUAUUAUUUUUAGUCAUGUCUGCAAGUAUUAUUAGAGAAUAUAUAAAAUUCUUGUUCAGCACUAAUAUUUUCUAAUAUUUCAAUCUGUAUUACAAAAUAUACUAGAGAAUAUUAAUAUUGAAUAAUAUUUACACUAAUAAACUUAAUAAACAAUAUUUUAGCUUUUUGAAUUAAAUUUUAAUUUAAAGUCAUUUGAAUUUAAACCCAUGACAUUCUAUGAGGCGAGUGGGGAAGUGAAAUUCUAUUUGGAUGAUGGUAGAGGUUUACCAGUGUGUCAAGUAUCAAGCUUAUCAGAAAUUAUUGUAUCAUUUUUAAAUUUUUUUUUUUUAGAAUAAAUUUUUUAAUGUGUUAUUUUUAA